CGUAACGUAGGUUAUCUCAUACGUAGUAGUGAUACAGAUGACUUGUUUUACUCGCCAAUAUUUUGGGAUACGCGAAUGUAAAAGAGAUGUUAAUUAGCUGCGAUGCGAAUUGUUACCAAGGUCGGCCGGUUGGUGAUACGAUGAUUUUUAUUUUAGAUAUUAAAAACUCCGAAUUUAAAUCACCUAUUGAAACAGUUACGUUUUAUAUUUGGGAAAAUGAAUCGAUGUAAAUUGUGAAUUGAACACGUGAAAAUGUUGUUUAGUUUUUCGUAGUUAGCCGGUUAUAAUAGUUUAGUGUUUCGUGAAAGUUUGGUGAUCGUUUUUGGAAAAUUUGAAUCAUCAUGGCUUCGAAUUAUUUACAGCUUUGUACGGAAACUCAACUUUAUGAAUUUUUUGCCGAAUUUAAUGGUACCGAAGAGUCUGUGAAAAAUGAUGUUCGCCAGUUGAAGGAAUGGAUGAAGAAACAGUCGCAUUUACCGAAUAUAGAAGAUGAUGACUGGUUAACCAACUUUUUAUUGAGAUGCAAAAACAGUAUAGAAAAGACGAAAAAAAUUAUCGACGGAUAUUACACCACUAGAACCUCGAUGCCUGAAGUUUUUCAAGACAGAGAUUCGUGUAUCGAAAAAUACCCACAGUUCUCUCAAUAUUUCUGUUUUAUACCACUCCCGAAGCUGACUCCGGAGGGAUAUCGUAUUUUCAUAUUUCGCAUUUCGGACGCCAUAAAGACUGGUCAACCUAGUAAUGAAGAUUUCAUUAGACAAACGCAAUUAUUAUUCGAUUACAGUAUGAAAGUGGAUAAAAUCCGAGGAGCGAUUUUUAUUUACGAUUUUCAAAACAUCACGUUGCAUUUGAUCACCACGAUGUUCCCAAUAGUGAAAAAAUUCAUUACUUUAACCGUGAAAAGUAGUCCAUUACGUUAUCAUCAGAUUUACCUUUUAAACAUGAUAUCAGCAUUAGAACCGAUCAUAAGGUUCGGUAAAACAUUGGUGAAAAAAGAAAUCUCAGAUAGAAUGGUAGUAUGGAAAGGGAAUCCUGAAAACUUGAUCGAUGUUCUUCCUAAACAAUCAUUACCAGCAAUAUACGGAGGCAUUGAGAAGCCAAUAGAGGAAUUAGCAGAUCUCUUUCAUAACGAUUUGAAAAGUAAGCGAGAUUGGUUCGUAUUAAAUGAAAAUAAUAAAGCCGGUACCAGCAAGAAAUCGGCAGAAACGAGUAGUUCCUUUGGAAAUGGAUCUGCAACUGAUUAUGGAAUGGAGGGUUCAUUUCGUAAAAUUUGUUUAGAUUAAUUUUUUUGUUGGCCUAAUCAUGCCCCGUUCAAGCAUGGAAAAACGGAGAAUUAAUGCAAGAUCCUGACAUGGAUUGAGAUUAAAUAUUAACUGUAUAUUAUGUUUUCAAUUUUGUACGAAAUAGGUAACAGAAACUAUUAGAUUUAUGUGCAUUUUUCUAGUGUUUGUCACUAAUUUAAUUAAUCAACUAUUGUAAUUACUAAUAAACCAAGACGAGUGGUU